AACACUCUCGCUCUCAAUCCGUUUUUCCAGUGCAACGAGGCCUGCAGCCUAAUCUCUUCGCCUACCUGCCAAUCCGUAACAUCGGGCCAUAAAAACCCGGCACUUCCCAGGGCCCAGACUAGUCAUCAUUCGCGUCACAUCCGAUACAGACCAAAAGACAAUCACGCGAUCUUCAAGAUGCCACAGUCAGGCGGGAAUUACAUCACCUUCAUCGUCACUCUCUUGGUUUCGAUCUGUUUUCUAGAUCUUGCUUGGACAGCCAGUUAUCAGUUGCAAUCUUACGACUUGGAUAUGGAUAAUGGGGGAGUAUCAAAUUCUAGCGAGGCGGAGUACAAUGGUGGGAUAACUUCCCUGGAAAGACCGCUUUCUUGGCUAAGGAAUGCCAACAGUAUGUUUGGUGGUCCUGCUGGUCAUGUAGUCAUCCAGGUGGCCAAAGAACUACUGCAUCGCUCAGCUGGAAACAGUCAAGUCCUUAGCCUGAACCUCACCAAUCUCCUGAUCAUCAUUCUGCUGAAGAUCCUAAUCUUCUCAGCUGGAAUGCUGGGAGCAGGGCACUGGAGUGGCUAUGGUUAUGGCCAUGGUCGGUCAGCUAGUGAUAACAACUUUGGUUUAGGCCUAACUUCUGGUGAUGACUAUUUGAUAACUGGAUUCCUGGCCGCCCAGGGAGCUGGAAGAGAUGAGUGCCUCUAUGCAGCGUCCUGUGCCUGCCCCACAUCAGCCUACGAAUAUGCAAAGGCAGGACGUGCUCUGAUGGGCGCCAUAGAAGUUUUCCAAGGGGUUCCGUUGGAGAAGCCGCGCUACGUCGAUCUCAUAGUUCUGAUGGAGCGUGCCGCCUACGAUGGCUUUCGAGGAGUGGCAUGCAACACCACCCAGACGUGUGACGGAUUGCUCUGAAGUU